AUGAGAAAGGAAUCUGAAAGUCCGCUGCAAGAAAAAGAAACAGCUAGUAUAAGUGAAUUAGAAUCGGCAUCAACUAGCACCACAGUGGAAAGGAAAGGUGAAGAAAUCUUCCAUGAUGAUCACCCUCAAGAUUGUUUGAUCAUUCCCCCAAAAGAGACAAAAUCCCAAAAGAUAUACUUUCAGAAGAAGUGGUUGACCAGAUAUCCAUGGCUCCAUUACCAACCGGAGAUCCAAGGAGUGACUUGUUUCGAGUGCAAGCGGGCUGAAGUUAUGGGUAUCUUGACAUUAUCAAAGAAACGAGAUCCAGCCUUCAUUUCUGAUGGAUUCAACAAUUGGAAAAAGGCUACUGAACGUUUCGAUGGGCACCAGAUGUCAGAAACCCACAGGUUUUCAGUGGCUCAGCUUAAGGCCCAGAAAAAUCCAUCAAUUGACAGUCAACUCAACAAGCAGAUCAAAGAACAGCAAGAUACUGCUCGCCACUCUCUUGUCAGGAUAUUUUCUUCAAUGAGGUAUCUUCUGCGACAAGGAAUGCCCUUUAGACGGAGGAAUGCCGAUGAAGGCAAUCUGGAGCACUUGCUUAAGGUUUGGUCUGAUGGUGAUCCUCAGUUAAACUCAUACUUGAAACACACAACGAAAUUUACUUCUCCAACAUCCCAGGAAGAGAUCAUUCAAAUCAUUGCACACAAAGUAGGCCGAGAAGUUGUUAAGAACAUUGGAGAGCAUGGCAUAUAUGGAAUCAUGGUUGAUGGCACACAGGAUGUUUCAGGAAUGGAGCAGGAAGCAAUUUGCUUCAGACACAUUGACAUAAACUUUGAUGUUCAUGAGAGUUUUGUGGGUUUGUACAACAUCCCUGAUACCUGCAGCCAAACCAUUGCAAACAUGAUAUUUGAUGUCAUGACGCGUCUUCAGUUGAACCCCCAAAAUCUCAGAGCACAGACUUACGACGGGGCUGCAAAUAUGAAAGGAAAGUACAACGGAUGCCAAGCAAAAGUGAAGUCAAAGCAACCGCUUGCUCUUCAUUUCCACUGUGCCUCCCACAUGGCGAAUCUCGUCCUCGAGCAUGCUGUGACAGCUUGCCAGCCGAUUCGUGAUGCCAUCCAAUGGUGCAAUGACCUCGGAGUUCUAUUCAAGAGAUCUGGAAAAUACAAGGUCAUAUUUCAAGAAAUCGCAUCUAGGCCAAGUGAACUAGAUCAGACUAGUGACGAAGGCUGUGUUCCACCAGUCAAGAAAACCAUCAGAACCCUCUGUCCAACAAGGUGGCUUUGUCGUCUUCCAGCCAUCAUAUCAAUUCUGGAUAAUUAUGAAGCAGUUGUAGAGAGCCUGGAGGAGAUGGCAACAUCCAGCACGACGGAACGGACAGCGCAGCUAAGGCAAAUGGACUGUUGGAUAGAUUUCAGAAGGGAGGUACUUUACUGGCCCUGA